AUGGCUGCAUCGGCCACAAAGAUCAAGCCAGCGUUACACGUCGAAGUCCGUCUCAAAAGCACAAUCGGGACUUUUGUACGGACUGACUUGGUCCGCGAGGAGGUAUCCGAAUGGCUUUGCACAAGAUUCGUGCAUCUCAAGUUAAAGCAGCAAGUGACCGACUAUGAAGGACUCAGUCUUGGUAACUAUAUCGAGUCAAUCGACGUAGUGGACUUCUCAGGCGACCAAGCGGACACUUCUUCUCAUCGGCUAGAAGACGUGCAACUCGAUGUUCAAGCCUAUGAACUGCAUAGCAGCAGCGACGACGGAUCACCGCGGACUGUAGUCCCCUCAGUCGAGAGCGACGAAGCCGAUCCAUCUCCGCAGAUCCGAGUCACGCCUCUGCCCAGCAAGUCGUUGAAUGGUGUUUGGAAUGCACUUAUCUUUGAUGAAGCUAUUCCGGCAAAAUUGCUACACUUCUUGACGCGCAUGAUCUCCCUCACAAAACAUCCGAGCCUUAAUCUAACUAUUCUCAAUUGGAAUCGUCUUCUCUUACUGCAUGGACCACCAGGAAGUGGCAAGACGACAUUAUGCCGAGCGCUGGCUCAAAAGCUAACUAUUAGGCUGGGCCGCCAAUUCACGCAUGGAAAACUCGUGGAGAUCAAUUCCAACUCACUGCACAGCAAAUGGUUCGGCGAGAGCGGAAAGCUUGUUAGAAAGCUCUUCGACAGCGUACAUGCUAUGGCCGACGACGAGACCACGUUGAUCUGCGUGCUUAUCGACGAAGUGGAGACGCUGACCGGCUCCAGAGAGAAGUCUGCUACUGGAAAUGAAUGUGGAGAUGCAUUAAGGGCGACAAAUCAGCUUCUCACAGCACUUGAUCGGCUCCGUCAUAGACCCAACAUCAUGGUCUUCUGUACCAGUAACCUAGUGACAGCCAUUGACCAAGCUUUCCUCGACAGAGUCGACAUCAAGCAAUACAUUCCGAACCCACCCCCAAGAGCGAUAUACGAAAUCCUUCGGUCUUCGCUGAAUGAACUCAUCCGCUGCGAUCUUCUGAUCCCAACCGACGACCCGGAUGACGCUUCCGACGGAGCAUCUAGCGACUCCGUCAGCCUGGUUCAGGCAGGUUCAGACUGGGAAGUCCUCGUCCUUGGGUCCUUCCCCAGUUUCGCAGAGAUGAAUGUUCAUUUAUGGAAUCGGCCAAAUGCACCAGCAAGGAAGCUGUGGAAGCUUGCGCAGAGGUGCGAGGGCUUCAGCGGACGAGCACUCCGGCGGCUGCCUUUCCUUGCGUUAGCCAUGCAUACGUACAGCGACCCCUGUCCUGUACCUGAAGCACUAGCGGCGCUUUCCCUUGCUGUCGAUGAACAUGCGGGCCGCAUCGUGAAGAAUGAUGAACCCUCCCAUCAACCUGAGCUGAUAGAAAGCGGUUUAUAG